CUGGUAUUUCUUCGCUUUUACUUUGCCUCUCUUACUCACAUUCAUGGCCAUUGCACCACUAUUUAUGUCUGUGUGAACUGAUCUCUCUUGCCCAUUUGACCGCCUUAUCGGACUCAUUGCAACCAUGGAGACAUAUCUCCAAUAUCGGCGGAUCGGCAAAGUCAUCCGUCAACAGCUGGAGUCAAACAAUGUCGAAACUGCGCGGCAACUGCCCUUUCUUUCCCGACAGGAAACACGCGUUGUCAACGGACGAGCUGUUCUCAUUGUGGGAUGGGAUGCGCCUGACGACCCAAUGAACCCGCGCAACUGGCCCAAGUUUCGACGCGUUUACACCACCUUGAUUAUCUCUGCCAUUGCUUUGAUGGUGGGCCUUGCUGCACCUAUCGAUGCUACCGUCCUACCUCAGGCUGCGAAAGACCUUCAUGUGAGCGAAGUGGCCGAGUCACUCGCUGUCGGUGUGUUCUUGGUAGGCUUUGGGCUGGGUGCACUUCUGGUUGGCCCCUUCUCUGAAGUCCUGGGGAGAAAUGCCACCUAUAUUGUCUCUCUGGCGUCUAUGUGCAUCUGGCUCAUGGCAUCGGCACUGGCACCCAACUUCGGAGCCCAGGUCGUCUUCCGAUUUUUGGCAGGCUUCAGUGGUGCCACGCCGCUCGUCUGCGCUGGUGGAUCGGUGUCCGACAUGUUUACACCGCUGGAGAAGACUUAUAUGUUUCCUGUCUUUGCGAUUCCUGGCUUUCUCGGCCCUCCACUGGCGAGUGUGAUGGGCGCAUGGAUUCCAGGCUCUCCUUACCUGCAUACCUGGCGAUGGACUGAAUGGGUGGCAUUAUUGACUGGAGGCGUGGUCUUCUUCUUGACGUUCCUCUUCCAGCCUGAGACCUUUCCACCGCUGCUGUUGAGUUGGAAAGCAAAGCACCUACGCGCCAUCACGGGCGAUGACCGCUACUACGCCGAACACGAGCUCGAGCAUGUAUCGGUGCUGAAACGACUGAGGGUGGCACUACCCAGGCCUUUUAUUAUGGCUUUCAGGGAACCCGUCAUUUCCCUGAUUUGCCUGUACAUGACGGUGCUGUACAUCAUCCUGUUCACCUUCUUCGACGGAUACGACUAUAUCUUUCGCCAAACAUACAACAUUUCGCAAGGUCUUUCGAACACGAUCUUCAUCGGCAUAGCGGUUGGAAUUCUCUUUGGUGCUGUAUGGCUACCUUGGAUCUACAAGAAGACGGUCCGGGCGCAAGCGGAGGCCGAGUCAAAGGGCAGAAAGCAAUUCGAUCCCGAGAUUCGAUUAUGGUUUGCCAUGCUCGGUGGCGCACCUGCAAUUCCGGUGUCGUUGUUCUGGAUGGGAUGGUCAGCUUCGCCGAACGUGUCCAUCUGGUCACCUAUCAUGGCCUCGGUCCUCUUCGGUUACGGCGUUAUCAUGAUCUUUAUUAGCUCCUACAUGUACAUCAUCGACAGCUACGAGAUGUAUGCUGCUAGCGCUCUUACCUUUGCGACUUUGAGCCGAUACUGUGUGGCUGGUGGCAUGGUUGUUGUUGGUGUGCCGUUCUAUUCGAAUGUUGGUAUGCAUUGGACGUUGACGAUCAUGGGCUGUCUCAGUUUGCUGCUGGCACCUAUUCCGUAUGUCUUUUACAAAUACGGCCACCUCAUCAGGAAAAAGAGUCGAUUCGCGGUCAACCGGGCUGUUGAAGAGGAGCCGAAGCCGGUGGUACCAGAAUCGUCUGGGUCGUCGUCAAUGAACAUUCCUAUCGAACGUGAAGACAAGCCCGAGGAAGGUGACCAAGGGUGGCGAGGGACUCCAGCCGUUGCUCAUUAGGCUACUGAGAUGUCUCGGUAUAUCCAUAGUGUCUAUGAUCGUUAACAUAGCAAGCGUUGCAAGUGUCAGCAUGGUGCUUAUAGGUUACAGAUAAUAGGUACAGUAUGAAUGCGUUUAUGGCAUCUGUUGUGGGGGCCAGAAUCCUAGCGGCUCGUCCCGUUCAGGCUAUGGACUCAGGCCUUGGCUGCCGAAGGAGGCCUCCCUAGCCCAAGCCCCUACGCAGUCGAAUGCUGGGGCAUGUUUGGGUUCUGACGCGCCAAC